GCCGACCCUGAGCUGCCUCGCUGGCGCGCUAGACCCGCGAGCUGGCAAUUUCGGGGCGACAGUUUGUCUGUCCAUAGGAAAGAAGUUACAGACUCGCAGCUCCGCCAUGGGGCGAACUCCGCUGCCACUGGCGCUUUGGGUCCUGUUCUCCGCGAUUUGGACUGGAGCUCUCGCUGAGGUGAAGAGAGAAGCCAAGACCCACCUGCCCUCCCAGGACCCUGUCCCAGGAACCCAGCAAACUGACCACACGCCAUCUUCCCAGCCUGCCUUGCUGUUCUCAUCAACCCAGCACAGAGGACCAAGUCCAGUGAAUGAGAUUCUUUCCAGGGCAACCACUGCCGGGACAAAGCUCCUACCGCCUCUGGCAUUUAAUCACACAAUUGGCCGCAUUGUCCUCUCUGAGGAUAAAGAUGUCAAGUUUAAUUGUUCCAUCAGCAUACCUAACAUGUACCAUGACAGUGCCAUCAUUUCUUGGUGGAAAGAUGGGAAGGAAUUGCUUGGGGCACAUCAUGUGAUCACUCAGUAUUAUUCUGAUGACCGAACUACCACAAUCAUCACUUCCUUCAGCAUAACCAAAGUGCAGCGUUCAGACAAUGGAUCCUAUUUCUGUAAGAUGAAAAUUAAUGAUGAAGAAAUUGUGUCCGAACCCAUCUACAUUGAGGUACAAGGACUUCCACACUUUAUUCGCCAGCCCGAGAGCCUAAACGUCACCAAGAACACAGCCUUCAACCUCACGUGUCAGGCAGAGGGCCCACCUGAGCCCGUCAACAUUUUCUGGAUUCAGAAUAGCAAGCGGGUGAACGAAUUGCCCGAAAAAUCGCUCUCGGUUCUCACGGUUCCUGGUCUCAGCGAGGCGGCCGUCUUCAGCUGCGAGGCUCACAACGACAAAGGGCUGACGGUGUCCAAAGGGGUGCAGGUCAACAUCAAAGCAAUUCCCUCCCCGCCAAGUGAAGUCAGUGUCUGCAACAGCACUGCACACAGCAUCCUGAUCUCCUGGGUCCCGGGCUUUGAUGGCUUCUCCCCGCUUAAGAACUGCAGCAUCCAGGUCACGGAUGCAGAUCCGCUGAGUAACGGCUCCGUCAGGAUUUUCAACACCUCAGCCUGGCCACAGCUGUACCAAGUCGAGCAGCUGCAGGCUCUGGCUAACUACACCAUCGAUGUGUCCUGCAUGAAUGACAUCGGCUGGUCAGCACGGAGCGCUGGGAUCCUGGCCAGCACCACCGAAGGAGCCCCGUCGGCAGCACCUUCGAAUGUCACCGUGUCUCUCAAUGUUUACAGCCAUAAGGUGAACGUGAGCUGGGUCAGGCCUCCGAUGAAGCGGCAGGAAGGGGCCCUGCAGGGCUACCGGAUCUCGCACCUGUGGCAGAGCACAGAGACGCAGCAAGAGUUCUCUGAAGAAGUCAGCCAGAAUGACAGCCAUGCCCAGAUCCCCAUCGAGUUCCACAAUGCCACGUGCACCGUGAGGAUUGCAGCUGUCACCAAAGGGGGCGUCGGACCUUUCAGCAAGCCAGUGAAGCUCUUCAUCCCUGUGCACGGUUGGGGAGAUAUUGCUCCUUCUUCCACCCCAGCUCCCAGCAACUCGGAUCCUGUGCUCAUCCUCCUCGGCUGCAUCUGUGGAUUUGUUUUGAUUGGGUUGGUUCUGUAUAUUUCUACGUCCAUCAGAAAAAGACUCCAGGAGACACGGUUUGGGAAUGCCUUUGCAGAGGAGGAUUCGGAAUUAGUUGUCAACUAUGUAGCAAAGAAAUCCUUUUGUCGAAGGGCCAUUGAACUCACCUUACACAGUUUAGGCGUCAGCGAGGAGCUUCAGAAUAAACUUGAAGAUGUUGUGAUCGACAGGAAUCUUCUAAUUCUUGGGAAAAUCCUCGGCGAAGGAGAAUUUGGGUCGGUAAUGGAGGGAAGCCUUAACCAGCCGGACGGGACCUCUCAGAAGGUGGCAGUGAAGACCAUGAAGUUGAACAAUUUUUCACAGCGAGAGAUCGAGGAGUUUCUCAGUGAGGCCGCGUGCAUGAAGGACUUCGACCACCCCAAUGUCAUCCGGCUCCUCGGUGUGUGUAUAGAAAUGAGCUCUCAGGGCAUCCCCAAGCCCAUGGUGAUCUUACCCUUCAUGAAAUACGGGGACCUGCACACCUACCUACUCUACUCCCGACUGGAGACAGGACCGAAGCACAUUCCUCUGCAGAUAUUGUUGAAGUUCAUGGUGGACAUUGCCCAGGGGAUGGAGUAUCUGAGCAACAGGAACUUCCUCCACCGAGAUUUAGCUGCUCGAAACUGCAUGUUGCGAGAUGAUAUGACCGUCUGUGUCGCCGAUUUUGGCCUCUCCAAGAAGAUUUACAGUGGUGACUACUACCGCCAAGGCCGAAUCGCCAAGAUGCCUGUGAAGUGGAUUGCCAUUGAGAGUCUCGCAGACCGAGUCUACACCAGUAAAAGUGAUGUGUGGGCGUUUGGCGUGACCAUGUGGGAGAUAGCCACACGGGGAAUGACUCCCUACCCCGGCGUCCAGAACCACGAGAUGUAUGACUACCUUCUCCACGGCCAUAGGCUGAAGCAGCCCGAGGACUGCCUGGACGAUCUGUAUGAGAUAAUGUACUCCUGCUGGAGAUCCGAGCCCUUGGAACGGCCCUCCUUCUCCACCCUGAGGAUACAGCUAGAGAAGUUCUUAGAAAGUUUGCCUGAGGUUCAGGACAAAGCCGACAUUAUUUACAUCAACACUCAGUUUCCAGAGAGCUGUGAGGACAGUCCUGUCAGCACGGAGUUUGCGCAGCUGGACAUGGACAUUGAUCCCGACUCCAUCAUUGCUUCCUGCACUCCCAGUGCCGCCGUCAGCCUGGUCACGGCGGAAGUCCAUGAGAACAGGCCUCACGAAGAGGAAGAAAGAUACAUCCUGAAUGGGGCCAGCGAGGAGCAGGACGAGCCAGCGGCUGCCGCCCCUGCCACAAGUACUGAGGGAAAGAAGGGUGUUUUACCGGAGGACAGACCCCUAAGGAGUGGGGUCCCCUGGUCCCAGGCCAGCACGCUGCCCAUGGGGAGUCCAUCACCAGAGGAGCUUUUGUUUGUUGAUGACUCCUCAGAAGACUCAGAGGACCCCAUGUGAGCGGAGCUGAGAGGCUUUCCCUGGCCUGGGAGAGUUUCAACUCUAGGAGAACACGUGUGCAUGCCAUGAUUUGGGUAUUUGUCUUCCUUACCAAGUCAGCACCUUGACCUAAGGUGAAUGUUGUCAAGUCAUCAUCAUUAAAAGCACAUAACAGGGGCUGGACGGUAGCACAGUGGGCAGAGAGCUUGCCUUGCACAUAACCGGGUUUGAUCUCCACUCCACAUAGGGUGUCAGAGGCCUGCCGGAUGUAAUCCCUGAGUACAGAGCCAAGGGUUAGCCCUGGGCACUGCCAACUGUGGCCCCCCAAACAAACAGACGAAAUUAAAUGAAAACACGUAAUAUAUUUAUUUAUAAAGAAAAAUACAUGGAUGUAUAUGGUUGAAAGAGACAGAUUUUAUAUUUUAAUAAAAGAUGAUGUAUUUUAUUGCCCUUGCCUUGCAGCUUUUAAAAUGGAAGCUGGAUCAAUUUUAUCAUGACAGUUCCUCGAGGUUAACACAUGCAGAGCCAAUGUUGUAUUUAUUUUUUUAAGAACUUUCCUUUUGUAAAGUUGUAAAAUAAGUUGUAAAAAAGGUGUACAUUUGUAAAAUGAAAUACCAUAUUUGACUUUGCUCCUGGUCUUAGGAAAAGUCUGACAUGUCUGUCUGAAUUCUGUGUUUGUGAAAAUGAUUCCUUGAAUAUUUAAGGUUUCAUUUAAGGCUUGUUCUUCAAUGUGACUUCCAAAUAAAACAUAACUGACGACAAAUGUGUUUGACUUAUUGGGCCCUUGGAAAAACAGUGGUCAUUGCCGCAUGGCGCCUUUGCAGAGGAAUUCCUUCAACACUGGGCCUUUGGUAUGUCUCCCAACUGUCAUGGUUUCCAUAGAGACAUGCAAAAGUCACCCUAGAGAAACCAAAGAUGAAGAGCAAAAAUUAUAAAAGGCUCAAAGAGCACAGGUCUGAGUGGCAGGUUCACAGUGAACUGUGGGAGAGAGAGUCACAGUGACAGGGAAGCCCCUGCCUGUGUCGAGCUCAGGUGGGAGAGGCCAGGCAGUGAGUGGGGUCAAGCCAUGCACCCGAGUUCCCAUCCUUAACUCACUUUUUUUUUUGGCUCUUUUGGUCACACCCAGCGAUGCUCAGGGGUUGGUUACUCUUCGCUCUACACUCAGGAAUUACUCCUGGUGGUAUUCAGGGAACCAUAUGGGAUGCCAGGGAUUGAAGUCAGGUCAGCCACGUUCAAGGCAAACUUCCUACCCGCUGUCCUAUUGCUCUGGCCCAGUUCUGUCACAUCUUGCCACCAUUGCCUUUGAGCACUUGACUGUCCAGUUUAAUCUCUACCUCAUUACCCUUGGUACCAGUUCAGCAUGUUGGAAGAGCCAGGGAUGCCCAAGCAGGGACGGCUGAGUACCCAGCUGUGGCCCACAGCUACAGAGGGCUGGGGAGGGGAGUAGAGAACAGAACCUUCUCUGACCUUGUGAUUCAAAGGUCUGCAACAGGACAUCUAGAUUUGGGUGGAGGAGCCACUCCCUGGUGCUCACAGGUCACCCUGGUAAUGCAGGGGGACCAGGCAGUGUCAGGGAUCAAACUUCAGCCUCCUCCAUGCAAAGUGUGUGCUCCAACCCACUGAGUUCUCUCUCUGGCCCUAGACUUUGGGAUUUUAGUGAAUAAACAUGUACAGAACAAUUACUUCGUUCAUCGUUAAGACAACCACACAGUUAUGUGCCUUUCACAAAUGGCCAUGUGAGGCAGGAAGAAACUCACUCACUCUGCUAGUAGAUGCAGUCAGCUGACGAGUUGGUUCCUCUCAGCACUUGGGGCGGCCAUACAGACCCAGGGUCACUGACAUCCUCAGGUCUUUGCUCCUGUUCUUCUGAAAUGCUCCAUAGUACAAGCUUCUUAUGGGUUUGAAAAGAACCUGCACUGUCAUGAGAAAGGCCAACAGCAUGUCUUAACAAAGAAAGAAAAAGG